AAUAGAAAAUGAAAUCUCUAUGUGUAAGUGCAAAUAUCACAGAACAGAACAGAACAUAUAACACGCAAACAAAAUCGUAUCUAACUAACGAGAGCCAACCAAACGUUCGACGGAACCAAAAAGAAAAACAUAAACAACACCGUACGUGGCCGUGGUAGUAUGAUUUUGGGAACCACCACUGUUCCUAUGAAUAUCCUUUCUCAAUUCGGGUUGCUCCGAACCCACUUAACUCCUAUUCGGGUCAACAACUCUUCCGGGUUCAGCUUCCCUCACUCUCCAAGAAGAAAUAAGAGUUUUGGUAAAUUCGUUUGCUUAGCCGUUGAUGACGAACUUAGACAGAAUCAACAACAGUUGAGUACUACUUCAUCUAGACUUGGCUCCGCUAUUGAAGAAAGACCCGGUGAAGAAGCAUUGGAAAAUUUUAAUGAAGAUGGGGAAAGAAGUCCUAUCUAUGAUUUUCUUUAUCCCGAUAAAGAACUUCUUCCUGAUGAUAAGGAAAUGAGUCUAUUUGAUCAUCUUGAAGAGCUGCGACAGAGAAUCUUUGUAUCAGUUCUGGGAGUUGGAGGAAGCAUUUUGGGAUGCUUUGCAUUUUCAAAAGAUUUGGUAAGGCUUCUCGAAGCUCCUGUUCAAUCAGAGGGUGUCAGAUUUCUUCAGCUAGCACCUGGCGAAUUUUUCUUCACCACAUUAAAGGUGUCUGGAUACUGUGGCCUCCUCUUGGGAAGUCCCAUCAUUCUCUAUGAAAUCAUAGCCUUUAUAAUUCCAGGUCUAACAAAAGCUGAAAGAAGGUUUCUAGGGCCAAUUGUUUUAGGCUCAUCAGUUCUUUUCUAUGCCGGAAUAACCUUCUCGUACUUAGUUCUGGUACCCGCGGCAUUAAAUUUCUUUGUCAAUUACGCUGAAGGUGCUGUUGAAUCAUUAUGGUCCAUUGAUCAAUACUUUGAGUUUGUUCUGGUUCUUAUGUUCAGUACAGGCUUGUCUUUCCAGGUACCUAUUAUACAACUUCUAUUGGGACAACUUGGAUUGGUGUCUGGAGACAGGAUGCUAUCAGUUUGGAGGUACGUUGUAGUCGGCGCAGUGGUGGCAGCUGCUAUAGUUACGCCAUCGACAGAUCCUCUCACUCAAGUUCUUCUAGCAGCACCCCUAUUAGGUCUUUACCUAGGUGGUGCAUGGAUGGUUAAACUUUCUGGACGAUAACUUUGCCCCACAUAUUAGCAAAAGAAAUCCAGUUUAAGCAGAUGUUAAUGUAUAUUCAUACAGGAGUCUAGUGUAUAUUUUUACUCCCUACGGAGCAUUACUCUUCCUGUAUUGUAAUUGAUUUAAACUCAUAAUUUUGUAACUAGUUAUUCCUAAAUUCCAUUAGGCCUUGGCAUUUGAAG